AUGCAAACCAACCCAACAACCUACGCCGCACACACCUUCGAAGCCGGCCUCCACGAUCAAAAACCCACCAUAACAUUUCAGUCCGAGCAAUGGGAGGCGCUCGCCGAAAAGGCCCUGCCAGCAACAAGCUUCGGAUACGUCUGGGGGUCGGCAGGGCGGCGCGAAACCGACGAGCGCAACCUGACCGCAUUCAAGAAAUGGGCUCUCCUGCCCUCGAGGCUCGUUGAGACGAACCGGCUGCCGAAUCUCAAGACGACGCUCUUCGGGCAGACGUAUGAUUACCCCGUUGCGAUGGCGCCGGUGGGUGUGCAGAAGAUUUUCCACCCGGAUGGGGAGUUGGCGGCGGCGCGCGCGGCAGAGGAGGAAGGGGUUACGUACAUUGUGAGCACGGCAGCGGCGACGAGUAUGGAGGAUAUCGCCGCGGUGAGGGAGGAAGAGGGUGGAGGAGGCGAUUUCAAACAGGGAGGGGAUGGGACGAAGAGUCUGUCUGGACCAGAGUGGUAUCAGCUUUACUGGCCGUCGAAUGACCAUCCCGAGAUCACGGCGAGUUUGCUGACGAGGGCGAAGAAUGCCGGGUAUAAGGUGCUUGUUGUGACACUGGAUACUUAUAUGCUGGGCUGGCGGCCGAGUGAUUUGGAUAAUGGGUAUAACCCGUUUCUCCGGAAGGACAAUAUCGGGGUGCAGAUGGGCUUCUCGGAUCCGGUGUACAGAGGCCAUUUCAAGACGAAGUACGGCAAGGAGAUUGAAGAGGAUAUGAGCACUGCCGCUGCAGAGUGGGCGCAUAUCAUCUUCCCUGGGUCGAACCACUCGUGGAAUGAUAUUCAGCAUCUGCAGAGGCUGUGGGAUGGCCCGAUUGUGCUGAAGGGCAUCCAGACUGUUGCCGAUGCGAAGAAGGCAGUUGAGUAUGGAGUGCAGGGCAUCGUUGUGUCCAACCACGGCGGACGCCAGCAGGAUGGAGGCAUUGGCUCAUUGGAUGUACUGCCGGAGAUUGUGGAUGCAGUCGGGAAUGACCUCGAGAUUAUAUUCGACUCUGGCAUCCGCGGCGGAGCAGACAUCGUCAAGGCGCUGGCACUGGGGGCGAAGAUGGUCCUCAUUGGCAGGCCGUAUGUGUACGGACUGGCCAUGGCAGGCAAGCCAGGAGUCGGGCAUGUCCUGCGCUCCAUCCUGGGGGAUCUGUCUUUGACGCUGCAUCUGUCUGGCAUUACAGAUAUCAAAAAGGAAAACCUGAACCGGUCAGUCCUCCGGCGGGUCGAAUAUUAA